UGGAGAAUACCUGAUGAGGGCCUCUGAGGAUCAGAGGGUCCCUGGUUUCAGCUGAUUCUCCAACUUGCCUCUUAACUUUGGGCAAGUCACCUCACCUGUGUCUCAGAUACCUCAGCUGAAAAAAAUACAGGGUGAGCGGUGAUGACCCCUGGGGUGCUUUGUUAUCAUGAAAAGGACAGCAUUAAGGCUUUUCUCCUGACUCCUUCACAUACAGAAAUUCACCCAAGAAUGUUUAACGCGGCUGGCAUCCAAGAAGCAGGAGCAAGUUGGCAACAUAACCCAGAUAGAAGACGCUGCUGAGAAGCUCAAGGCAAGCUCAUGCAGAGUCAAGUAAAACCUGGCUGACAGAGAAAUUCACUGAACUCAGAUUGCUGCUUGAUGAAGAGGAAGCACUAGCCAAGAAAUUCAUUGAUAAAAACACGCAGCUUGCGCUCCAGGUGUACAGGGAGCAGAUCAAGUCUUGUGGGGAGCAAAUCGAUGUCACGGACAGCCUCUCCAGCAGGGUUUGGAGUAUCAGCCAGGAGCCCAAUCCUAUACAGCUGCUGCAGGAGUACACAGCUGCUGAGCAGCAGAUCCAGCGGCAGAUGAGCCUGGGCGAGCUAUGCCAGCCCGUUCCCUUCUCCUUCGAGCCUGUCAAAAUCUUCUUUAAUGGCCUCGUGGAAGCCAUGCAGAGCCUGCUACAGACGCCACUGGACGUCCGCCUUAAGGAAAACAUGAACUGCCAGCUCUCAGGCUCCUUCAGCGCCAAGCCAGGUUCCUUGCUGAAAACAAGUCCUUCACCAGAACGAUCGCUCUUCUUAAAAUACGCACGCACGCCCACGCUGGAGCCGGACACGAUGCACGCGCGCCUGCGCCUCUCGGCCGACCGUCUGAUGGUACGCUGUGGCCUCUUCGCCCGCCUAGGGCCAGCGCCCACGGUGCGUUUCGACUCGCUAUGGCAAGUACUGGGUCGAGACUGCUUCGCCGCAGGCCGCCACUACUGGGAAGUGGACUUGCAGGAGGCGGGCAUCGGCUGGUGGGUGGGCGCGGCCUACGGCUCCCUGCGGCGCCACGGGGCCACGGCCGCCUCCCGCCUGGGCUGCAACCGCCAGUCCUGGUGCCUCAAACGCUAUGACCUCGAGUACUGGGCCUUCCACGACGGCCAGCGCAGCCGCCUGCGGCCCCGUGAUGACCCUGACAGGCUUGGCGUCUUCCUGGAUUACGAGGCCGGUGUCCUAGCCUUCUAUGACGUGACAGGCGGCAUGAGCCACCUGUACACUUUCCGUGCCGCCUUCCAGGAGCCGCUCUACCCGGCCCUGCGGCUCUGGGAAGGAGCCAUCAGCAUGAUCCGACUGCCCUAGGGGCCGAGACCCCGAGUAACCUCCCUAGGCUCUGCGUGGUUCUGGUCCCACCCCACCCAGAUGUGGCUGGUCUAUGGCCGCCUCUCUAAGCCUCCCAUUCUCUCCUCCACCAGUCAUGCCCUGCGUUUUAAACAGUUCUCCUAGGUAGGCGAGUUUCAAACAUGCUCUAAACACAGGUCCUCUUGCUGCUGUCUUAUGGGAACCCCCCUCACCCCCCAGCACUUACACUACACUGCUUUUAGUCCAGGUUCCUAAAAGGGCAUACCCACAAGGUGAGCCCUAAGCAUCCUGACGAUGUUAGAAUACAUUAUUCUCAGCCUCAGAACAUUCUCCCUCAUACAGCACCCAGAACUGCCUGGUACAUAGUAGGCACACAAUAACUAUGUGAAUGAAUGAGUCACUAAGACUCUUCUAUCCCUGAAUGUCCCUUGGAUCUGCUUCCUCCUCUCCACUCUACUUCAGCUUGUCCAUGUCACCUCCCUUAAAAGCAGCUGCCAAGAGCUUCUUAUUGUCUCCUGGCUUGAACCCUUCCCAAUGCUCAUCCUCCACCCUACUGCCAGAAUGUUCUGCCUGAAACCUCACUUAACCUCUCAGAACUAUCAAAAGGUUCCCAACGACCACCGUGGGGGGGGGGGGGAAGGCACUUUACCUUAGCAUUCAAGGUUUUUCUAGUCUGCCCCAAAGCUACUUUUCCUCAUCUAGCUCCUUCUGCUCUUUUCAGAGACCCUCCAGUCAGAACUGUGUGUCACAGUUGCUCCUCUACACCGGUGUCUUUGCCACUUCCUACACAAAACACGUUUAUACAGGAAAGCCCUUUUUUCUUUUUUCCUGUCCAUCUUCCCCAGGCUUAAAUGCCCCAGGAAGUCUAUAGAAGUCACAAGAAUCUCUCUCUCUUACUAUCAGAUCCACAAUCUGGGACAUGUCUUUCCAAUUAGAUUGGAAGAUUUCUAAGGGCAGCCAUGUCCUACACCCUCCACACCCUGAAAAGUUCAGAAAGUCCCUUCCCUCCCAGGCAGUGAAUGAAUGACCACCAGCUGGCUAUCCCUGAAUCACAGAACAGCUGAGAUGGGAGGACCUCACAGACCAGGCAGCCGGACCACGUUGCACAUUUGGGGAGAAUAAAGUCCUGCAAGAAAGUUACUUAAAGUCACCCACAGUGAUUAAGGGCUUACCCACAUACCCCCAAGCAUGCGUCUCAUUUGCCACUUGGCCCAGCCCUUCAGGCCCAGCUUUCAACCUGGGAGAUUUUACUGCUUACUCAUUUCUCAGGGGAUGUUGGGACGAAAUCAGCAGGUGACAGUUGCUAAGCAACCAGAGGCAGUUUUCCCAACUGUCUUAGAAUCAAAAAGACAUGAACUGUGAGUGGGGUUGGGGCAUCGCUAUGCUCCUCAGAUCCAAGAUGUUGGCAAGGAAACCCAGAGAGCCCUGUUUUCCAGGAAGCGAUGGAAAUAGAGAAGGCCACAUCAGCAGGCCUUGCCAGGGAGGUCAGUGCGUCUAGCAGGGAAGGAAGGGCCUCCUUCCAGGGUCUGUGCUUCAGUUCUGAAGGCUCGGCACCUUGACUUGCUGAAUUUGUUAGGUGGUUUUGAAGUUAGACUAUGUUAAAGUAUCUCCCUAGGUGCUCGGCAGGAGGCAGUGGCAGAGUGAAGAAAAUGCAAAGCUGAAUCCCCCUCAGGGUUUAAACAGACUCUUGGUGCAUUAAUUAGUUUGAACUACAUAAAGCUGCCAAUUACCAAUAGUUUUUGACCUAAAAAAUGGCACUUUCCUGGGGGGCAAUGUAAUACAAGUAGACUACAAGGCAGAAGGAAUCUCAAAAGCUGCUUUAGUUCUAACCAAAUCAUUUAAAACUCGAGCUUGGAUAGAUAUCUAAGCGCUAUGCUCUGGGAAUCCUGAGAAAAGGGAAAUUAAUUCUACUUGAGAUGGCCCAGAGCUGAAUUCUGACAGGCAGAGGGCAUUCCUGACAGAGGAAGAUGGGUUCACUUGACCCCACAUCUCUGUUCAUCCCUGCAAACCAAGACUUGUUCCCAGACCCACAGCCUCAGGGGCCAAGUAAAAAUACUUGCUUAUUUUGUCAAGCACUGUUCUAAUGCUUUACAACUAUUAACUCAUUUGAUCCUUACAUCAUCUCUAGGAGGUAGCAAGUUAUCCCAGUUGUACACAGAAUGACUAAUGUGCCCAAGAUCACACAGCUAAUGGUGGAGCUGAAGCCCAUGCUCAUGCACCAUGUUUGGGUGAACGCAGCUGGUCUCUAGCCAGUGCCUACCUGCUCUGGCCCCUCUCUUGUUAGGCCUGUGGUGCUUUGCUUUUGCCCAGUUACUCUGAGACUUGAGUCUGCCUUUGGAUUACCUUCCUGGGGCUCUGAGAUGAGUUCUUACACCUAGAAGGGGAUUUGAGAGUUUGGGAUGCAUGUAGCAGAGCCAGAGCUGGACAAAGGGUGAAAACUGGCUUUAACCAAAUUCUGACCCUGUGCCGGGGCUGGUGCCAGCCAGAGAACUGUAGUUUUCAUCCACAAUCAGUUGUGACCUCAAGCUAGUCACUGUACUUAUUGAGGCAUCAUCCAUAAAGUGGGUUUAAUGCCUACCAGUGCUGUGAGGCUCAAAUUAGCCAAAGGAUAUGAACUUGCUUUAAAAACUGCACAGGGCUGUACCAUGCCAGGACCUAUUAGCAUCCCCAGCAAAGUCCUUGUUCUGCCUGGCACAGUGCGAGACAACCGAUAUUCCUAGCUGCCAUCUGGCGGUAGCAGGAGCCUCCAUGAAUGUUCUCAACACGGGACAGAGUUCCCUUGGGGUCCAUGUCUGUAUAAGGGUUCUGAUCACUUACUCUCCUUCAGACUUGAAUCUACAGAAGUUUCUUUACUGAGCAUAAACUGCUUGCAGAUAUUUUUAAGAGACAGCAAUUGUCUAAUAUGUGGUUUGUUUUAAUAAAAUACGAAUACUGUCUCCUUUAA